AUGGCUUUCCUAGCGCAGCAAUGGUAUAAUAUUGUGAAUAGCUAUUCCCCAUUUACCAUCGAAGUGUUUGGUGCCGCUAUGGCCCAAUUGUCUCUUACCGUCCUCUUCGGUAUCUACGACCUGAACGGCUCUGAUCCCAAAAGACGUCGUGCGAUGCUCAAGGUUCUUCCCGGUAUAGGAAGGAACAUUGCCACAGCGACCGUGGUCCAUUCCACCGGUCUGCUUUUGAUGUCUCUUUGGACAGGCAAUUGCCUUUGGGAAACCUCCUUGACCCAUGUGAACAAAAACAUCCCUUCCGUCUGGCGAUUCCUGAUAGAUGUGCUAAACACGGCGCUUUUGUUUGAAGUCUCAUUCUACUACUUCCAUGCCCUGUUCCACACGAAAUUCAUGUACCGACACGUUCACUCCGUACACCACCACUUCAAGGAGGAAAUUGCCAUUGCUGCUUUCUAUAGCCACCCCCUCGAGUUCUUAGUAUUGAACUUCGGACUAGUAGUGAUCGCAACCUGGCUGCUCGGGUCGCAUGUGCUUGGUUUGCUCUUUCAUGGAGCUGUCGCAGGCACUAUCGCACAUUUCGUUCAUACGGGUGAAGAUAUCCCAGGUCUUAUGAGCCACGAAGGCCAUCACGUCAGUCCAAACCAGAACUUGGGUGCCAUUGGUGUCCUAGAUCGGCUGCAUGGGACGCUCUACCGAGGAACCCAGCUUAAGCGCUCGCACUAA